GCGUGUAAUGGGAUGUUUGCACUCCGUGGAGGUCGCAUUGGAUGUUAUAGUUUUUUGUGUGAUGUCAUAGGGGGGACGUCACAGUGGGACUCCUGGGACUGUCAGAUUCUCAUCGUUGGGCUGUAAUUGCCCCAGGAUGGCUCAUCGUUGCCUUCUGCUCUCUGCGGCUGGGAGAGGCCUCGUACCGUUACUGCCCCGUAACGCAGCCCGACGGUUAGAGGCCUGCUGUCAUAGGAGGAUCCACACCCCAGGAACCGCUGCAGACAAGAGUGUGCUGCUGGCCGACGUUCUUGCUUCUUAUAGACGGCUCCUGUGUUCCCAGCCUCCCAAAGGUUUUGAGAAAUAUUUCCCCAAUGGGAAGAAUGGCAAGAUAGGAAAUGAAGACAAAGGAGCUUCCAGUGAAAUGAAAGAUGCAAAAAGUAAUGAAAACAAUACAAAACUCAAUGGGAAUCAGCAAUCCUCUGGUGGAGGAAGUGAUUCAGGUGGAGGUGGCAAGAAAGGUGGGAAGGGGGGUGGAAAAAAAGAAGACUCCACUUGGUGGUCAAGACUGCAGAAGGGGGAAAUCCCUUGGGAUGACAAAGAGUUCCGAUUCUACUUCAUGGCAAGCGCUGGUUUUUGGGCUGUCGUUACCUAUUACAUUUUCUUCCGGAACUCUGGAAGGGAAAUCACGUGGAAGGAUUUCGUAAAUAAUUACUUAUCCAAAGAUGUGGUGGAUCGCCUGGAGGUGGUCAAUAAACGUUACGUGAGAGUCAUCUUUACACCAGGAAAGACGCCUGUUGAUGGGCAGUAUGUCUGGUUUAAUAUUGGCAGUGUGGAUACUUUUGAGAGGAAUUUGGAAACUUUGCAACAAGAGCUUGGUAUUGAAGGAGAGAACAGAUUACCUGUGGUGUAUGCAGCCGAAAGUGAUGGCUCCUUCCUUCUAAGCAUGUUGCCUACAGUCCUUAUCAUUGGGUUUCUCCUGUACACCCUAAGACGGGGCCCGGCCGGUGGAAGGCCCGGAAGGGGAAUGGGGGGACUUUUCAGUGUUGGGGAGACAACUGCCAAAGUGCUCAAGGAUGAAAUUGAUGUGAAGUUCAAGGACGUGGCUGGAUGUGAAGAGGCAAAAAUGGAAAUUAUGGAGUUUGUCAAUUUCCUGAAAAAUCCAAAGCAGUAUCAAGAUUUGGGUGCCAAAAUUCCAAAGGGUGCGAUUCUUACCGGUCCUCCCGGAACUGGGAAGACACUCCUGGCAAAAGCCACAGCAGGAGAAGCUAAUGUACCUUUCAUCACGGUAAACGGCUCUGAGUUUUUGGAGAUGUUUGUCGGUGUUGGCCCUGCCAGGGUCCGUGACUUAUUUGUUUUGGCCAGGAAAAACGCUCCUUGCAUUCUUUUCAUUGAUGAGAUUGAUGCUGUUGGCAGGAAGAGAGGACGUGGAAAUUUUGGAGGACAAAGCGAACAAGAAAACACACUCAACCAGCUUCUGGUGGAGAUGGAUGGGUUUAAUACCGCAACUAAUGUGGUUGUAUUAGCCGGGACGAACAGGCCGGAUAUCCUGGAUCCUGCUCUCAUGCGUCCGGGCCGUUUUGACAGGCAGAUUUAUAUAGGUCCUCCCGACAUAAAAGGUAGAGCAUCUAUAUUUAAAGUUCACCUCAGGCCUUUGAGGUUAGAUGCAUCCAUAGACAAGGAAGGUCUAGCUAGAAAGAUGGCAGCAUUAACCCCUGGCUUCUCAGGUGCAGAUAUUGCAAAUGUGUGUAAUGAAGCUGCACUGAUUGCUGCCAGACACCUAUGUGACGCAAUAAACCAAAAGCACUUUGAACAAGCCAUUGAGAGGGUUAUUGGAGGUCUGGAAAAGAAAACGCAGGUCCUCCAACCGCAAGAAAAGAAGACAGUGGCUUAUCAUGAAGCCGGCCACGCGGUGGCAGGGUGGUUCUUGGAACACGCAGACCCCCUUCUGAAGAUUUCUAUCAUCCCAAGAGGAAAGGGAUUAGGUUAUGCUCAAUACCUGCCUAGAGAGCAAUACCUAUAUACUAAGGAGCAGCUCCUGGAUCGCAUGUGCAUGACUCUGGGCGGACGUGUUUCAGAGCAAAUAUUCUUUGGAAAAAUUACAACUGGCGCUCAGGAUGAUUUGAAGAAAGUAACCCAAAGUGCAUACUCACAGAUUGUCCAGUUUGGAAUGAAUGAUAAAGUUGGACAAGUGUCUUUUGACCUACCUCGCCAAGGAGACAUGGUGCUGGAGAAACCUUACAGUGAAGCAACGGCAAGACUAAUUGAUGAUGAAGUUAGAAUACUUAUUAGUUCUGCUUACGAGAGAACACUCCAGCUUCUUAAAGAAAAGAAGGCUGAAGUUGAAAAGGUUGCCCUUCGUCUUUUAGACAAGGAAGUGCUUGAUAAGAGUGACAUGGUGGAGCUAUUGGGUUCCAGACCCUUUGCAGAGAAGUCUACCUAUGAAGAGUUUGUUGAAGGCACUGGUAGCUUAGAUGAGGAUACUUCGCUUCCUGAAGGUCUGAAAGACUGGAACCGAGACCGUGAAAAAGAGAAAGAGGAAUCCACUGAUGAACAGAUUGCACGGCACAUCAGUGGAGGACUGCCGUUCUAAUUGCUUGGGUAGCAUAGUGAACAAAUGGCACCGGAUUUUCGCGGGAGUCUAGAAACCUCGUAAAAUAAAAGAACUCUCAUUGAAUCUGGAAUGUAAAUGAUUAUAAGGGUAUGAUGGAAUAAGGUAUGGUUUGUUUUUUUUACAACCCCAAGUAAACCAAAAUGCAAUAGCUUUUCCAACGCAAAAAAAAAGAUAAAAGGUAUUUCAUUUAUGAUCUCCAAAAAAAUAUUUUUCACUGUGUGACAUGUUAACUAAAGUUGCAUUUUUUUUUUAUGGAGUUUGGAACUUUUAUGUAGGAAUGGCCCCAAAACUGAGGUGCUUUUUGCAUAUAUCCAAAUCCACAUGAACAGUUUUUUUCAAAAGAAUAUUUCCUAAUUUGAGGACUGCUCCGUUUUAACUGCUCUCCAGGGGAGUUAAGUUUUUUUUUUUCUUUUUCCACCUUCAUUUUAAGUCUCUUUCAAUCCUUGUAACCCUAAAGAUGCAAAUAAUAUUGCACCGGGUUGAUAUUUGGCAUAUGUUUAAUAAUAAUAAUAAUAAAAAAAAAAGUAUUUCCAGGUUAGCACAGGUAAAUGCAAAAGUCCAAAUGAUCUGCUCAUCCGUGCCGGAUUCCACUAAAUGCGAAAGUAUCUGAUGAAUUACUUUCCUCCAAGAGGGACUUGCCAAUCGAUAUUGUCCUGAAAUGAAAACUAGAAACAAGGACAGCUGUAGUAGUCAUUUAGAAAAUUCAAUACUGGUCAACAAAAGACACAUGAAAUCAGAAUAUAUUGUCUAAAAAGGGUUUGUGUAUGAAUUAUUUCUAUAGAAUUCUCACAGCCUGAAUGUAUUUUUUUU